CGCAGUCACAUCAUUCCUGGAUCGACAAGACUUUACGGAGUAGUUACAGAUUCCCCCGACUUGGAGGUGCGAUCACCCCGUCCACGUCCACUCCUCCCCCGUUGCUCUCCUCGCCCUUCCUUACAACCACAACUCCAUUCCGUCUUGGCCACCGACUUCCAACCUGCACCUCAUCCACCAUCCACCCAUUCAACGCUCACCCGCUAGUAACAUUCAACUUACAGUUGCUCCCAACACCACUCGAUUCUUCGCAGGGACUUGGGCCAACAGCCCCUCCCCCAGAAUCUGCGUCCCAUAACCUCUCAUCGCACCUGCAUAACGAAAUCAACUGGCUGGGCCAUCUAACGCCUGGCAUCUCUCCACUACCGUGUUUUCCUCGCCCUGCCUACCUAUCUACCCGUCCUCCUACCCGCUUGCCACUGUGAUUUCAAAUACUCUGCGAAGCGUCUUUCGAUACUCAAAACCACUGAUUCCUUACACGCUCUGAAAUCCACGACAGCCACUGGUCCAACUGUCCCCCGUGUCCUGAGAUCAUGUUUGCAGACCGUGGCGACUGAAUCGCCUCGACAAUCCCCGAUUUGCAACCGCCCACGCAGACGAGACCAACCUCCUUCGCCCCACCACCCUUGAACAUCCGGCCGAGUGCCAGUCCCCAGACAAGGGCUCCUGGUGACAACGUCAAGAUAGCCCCUUGCCACCUCAAUCAUUGUGCACGUGUGUCGCCGCUUGUCGAAACGAAAUACCAGGCAACGGCUGCAAGCCUCUCAACACACUGUCUCCUUAUCAGUCACUUGAAUAACGGCCACAAAUAACAGGUGGAGAAAGGAUAUAAGUACACCUAGAAUAAUCAAACACUCGCCCUUUUCCUGACGAGGCGCGACAUGGACUUUUCAUACUUCACGUCGGCUCCUCAGCCGUAUCAGUUUUUUGGCAUGCAACAUGCGCCCAACUCGACCCAGGCGCAACCAGUUGACGACUUCAGACACACUCCCUCCACGGAUCAGUAUGACGCUGCAUUUGCCGCCUUUCAACAGAGCUUCCACUAUGAUCCCUCCACUUUUCUCGCACAACCCCACCAUGUCCCCGGCCAGUCCCCUCCUUCUAUUACUCGACAAGGAUCCAUGAUAUCGGCACCUGAUGUCGACAUGAACGGACUCACUGCCCCCAGCCAAGAUAUGACACCUGAAGAACCCCGUGUCACGAGAAGCAGUAGCGAAGAAAAGGAUAAUCUAACCCCACAACAAAGCCGCAGAAAGGCCCAGAAUCGAGCAGCACAACGGGCUUUUCGAGAGCGCAAGGAGAAACAUGUCAAAGAACUCGAGGCCCAACUCACCAGCCUCCAGAACCAAUCUCUCACCCUUAACGGCGAGAAUGAGCGUCUACGGAGAGAGUUGGCCAAAGUUGCGACUGAAAACGAAAUACUGCGUGCGACAUCUGGCUCCGCUUCCAACGGCCCGACACCCUUCAUGGAGGAGCCUGACGAAUUAGUCGGCCCGCUUGGCUUUGCCCCGACCGAUCGUCACUCCAAGGAUCGUUCACCGUCCAACAGUGCAACAUCUAGUCAGGGACUCGGCUCAAAGUAUGCGCAUUUCGGCACGCUCAGACAACCCCCAAUCGACGACGAAACCGGUGAACCUAUCAUGGGAUCUGGAGCAACUUGGGACUACAUUCAAGCCCAUGAACUGUUUCGUAAAGGUCUCGUUGAUGUUGGCGAUGUUUGCGAACGCCUCAAGAAGAUGGCACGCUGUGAUGGCCAGGGACCCAUCUUUCUUGAGAGAGAUGUGCGUAUUGCCAUAUCAGAAAGUGCCGUUGCUGGUGGGCGAGACGAGCUCAUAUGACACAAUGAAGCCUUGUCGUUCCGGUGACAAAGUGUACAGUGUCGAAGUCGACUCUCGAAAGACUCAACUUGCUACUUCAGCGUCGGUGUUUACAGGAGCAAACUUUUGCAUACAUUGGUUAAGCCAUUUCUGACGAGCAUCUCUCCAGCAAUUGGUGAUGCGGGAUCGAAUCUGCAUCCUGCGCAUUUGAUCUAUCAAUGACAGAAAUCGUUUCCCGCCAACGCCCAAGUCGGACCAUGCGGUGCAGCUUGACAAUGGUCUACUGUUCAACUUGGUGGCCAUGUGAUAGCCUUGUUCACUAUCUAUGCGAGGAUUACCUUGAUUGCGCAGCGGUUAUUUGCGGGUCCAGAACAAGCGUGUCACGACGCCUUACGGUUCGCAUCAGGCCACCGGACCCAUUGUCUCCGCCAGCGGUUCUCGACAAAACAUGUGAUAUGGCCUGUCUCGACCGGCCCCCCACUGUUCACAUGCAUUCAGAUCGUCCCCAAACCGAUCACUGAUCACUACCCCUCCUCUCCUGCACCAGAACGGAGAUCAUGAUCGUUUGUGAGCACUCGCUGGUGCUUACAGCGUGCUUAGUCAGCACCAGCCUGCUCAAGGCGAAGUCUUUGGUGGAAGCCAUCUUAAAGCCAUGAUCCGUUAGCGGUCUAUGGAAGAAUGUGCCGACGAUCACAUCUCAACUUCCAAACUCAUGCAAGGGUGCGAGUGGAUGGGCGGCAUUAAGUCUUGUGCUUCCGAAAGCAAGAUUCUUCGAAAGCUGUCUGGGCUGUGUGGAAUAGGAACAGAUCUUUUCGACCAGCGGGUGCGGCAGUCCUGUUCUCGAAGAGGUCGCUGCGUUGGGCCAAUGCUAGGCCAUCUGGAGAGUCGUUCAUGUAUCACGGCUAAUCCCAAU